AAGCGACGCUACCGAAGUCCGCCGCCAAACAUGAGAUGAGGCAACUUGCAUCUGAACGUAUUCUACCCUCUACCAACUAUUCUACUAUUAUUAGUACUGUUGUAGUAUACGAACUUUCUUAGUUCAUUUAAAGAUUUUCGGUAAAAAUGUCUUCUCACUACGAGGCACUUCCUCAAGAACCCCCGAGGUAUACGGAUUUCGCAGAAUCUCCUGCUGAAAACCCUUUGGCAAAUAAUGGAGCAAAGAAAACUGACACUCCCGUUUUUGAGUGCUCCAAGAGCAUUCGGAUGGCUUUCCUUCGUAAAGUUUACAUGAUUCUUUCGGCCCAACUGGUUGUUACUGCAGUAGCCGGCACAAUCUUUGGCUAUACUCCUGUUCUUUUCAACUGGUUGCAAAUGAAUCCUUGGUUUUUGCUUGUGAGUUUUAUUGGAAUGAUGGUUACAAUGUUCUUCCUUCUCGCGAAGCCAUACAGUUAUCCCAGAAAUUACAUUCUUCUAUUCACAUUUACUUUGCUGGAAGGCAUCACACUUGGCUCUGUAAUUUCCUUCUUCUCUUCUCAGAUUCUUCUUGAAGCAGUGUUUAUUACCAUGGGUACUUUUAUCGCACUUACUGCAUUCACAUUCCAGUCUAAGUAUGAUUUCAGUCGCUGGGGAGGUGUUUUAUACGCUUCUUUAUGGAUCCUCGUUCUCCUUCCCUUACUGUAUUUUAUUUUCCCUGGAACACGUAUGAUGGAUCUUGGUUUUGCUGGCUUUGGAACCUUGAUUUUCUGUGGAUACAUCAUGUAUGACACAUACAACAUUCUUCACAAUUACUCUCCUGAAGACUUUAUCAUGUCUAGUCUGAUGCUUUACAUGGAUUUGAUCAACCUCUUCAUUCGUAUCCUUUCCAUCUUGAACAUCUUGCAAAACAAUGAUGAGUAGCGUGUUCUAUGAAGUGUUUUCUUAAUAUGUGGUUACUACGAUGAUAUGCAACUUUUGUACGCAAGACGUUACGGUUUUCUUAGAUACUCUUUUUGCUUUUAAUAUAAUGCUACUAAUGAUCUAAACAAUAAUAAAGGCUAAUGAAUAUCAAACGAAAAAAAUAACUUCGGUUUACGGACAAUCGGCAUUGUUUGCAUACCAGAAGUCGCAUUCUUGUCUUCCCUUUUAUUGCUUUUUGCCUCAA